AUGGCUUCUCGCUAUUACUGGAAGGUGGUGGCCCUGGCGGCCUUUGUAUCGCAAACGGCUGCACAAGGCGGGACUAUCAUACCUCAAGAUCUACGGGGUGGGUUUGGCAGUGACGAAGUCCAAGUCAGCUACACCAACCAAGCGGUCAAUGGUUUCCAGGAUGGAACAACUUUUGAAAAAGAUGCCGUAGCACAAGAACCCAAGUUCGCUCUGGGUGAUAGCAACGGCAUUUCCCCAACUACAUUAUACACUAUUAUCAUGGUGGACACAACAUGUACCAACGCCCGUAAACUACACUAUGCCCGUGCAAACUUCAAGAACAACUUCGAUAUCACCAACAUCGCCACCGAUACCCCGCCAGCCGUUGAUUACGUCGCCCCAGGCUCUGUCGGUGAGACAGGCGACAACAGACAGUACACCUUUUUGAUGUAUACAAACCCCGGAAGGAGGCAAAUCACCGAUUUGAAAGUGCCAGGAGAAAACGAGGCGUUUGAUGUCAAGAAGUUUCAGGACGACAAUGGGUUCCGGGACGCGAUGGCGGGUGUAGGAAUGGUAGUGAAGCUCGGAGGCGAGGCGAACUGCGAAGGUGGAAAUGCAAACCCAUUGCCCGAUAAUUUACCAUCCGCUGCGCCGGCAAGCAGUGCGGCGGGCACUGCAACUAGUGCAGCAGCGAGCCCAACAGCGACGCCCAGUGCGGGAGGGUCUUCAAGUACUGCUUCGCGUGCUCCGGUCGCGUCGUCUUCGCCUUCUUCAACUCCGGGUGGCUCUGGAGGACAGAACAACGGUACACCUGGCUCACGACCGAGCCCUUCAGGAGCACCAGCAAGCUCGGGUGUCUCUUCGUCUGUGGCUCUUCCUUCCCAGGCACCAGCACCAUCGGGUAUUGCUACUGUUCCUGUAUCGAAUGUAAAUGGGGGGGCGGGUACUAGCGCGUCAUCGACUGCUAGUCCAGCUGAACAAACAGCGAAUGCUGCUGUGGGAAGUUUCGGAAGCCAGAACUUGGGCGUCACUUUGCUGGCUAUGGCUCUUGGCUACUUUGUCAGAUAG